CCCUUCCCUCCCCUCUUUCUCUUUUUCUCGGCUCUCCUCAGACCAUUCCAGCUCUCUCCUCUCCUCCCUGCAGUUGUGAUUGUGUGUUUUUGGAGUGCGGGAUGUGUUGUUCGGUGGGUUUCGCCCGCUCUCUGGGCCUGGCCCUGCUGCCUCUAGCCCUCUGCUGUAUUGUAGCAAACCUGCUGCUGCUGUUUCCUAUGGGAGAAACCACCUACAUCAAGCAGGACCGUCUGGCAAGCUACACCUGGUACUUUGGAGGACUAGGAGGAGGGGGACUAGUGAUGCUGGUUCCAGCUGUUGUGUUUAUCUCUCUGGGGAAAUGUAGCUUCUGCUGGAACGAGAGCUUAAUGAUGUGCGGGUCAGUGCUGGCAGCUGUGAUCGGACUGGUGGGGUCCUGUUACUGUUUGGUCAUAUCUGGGUUCACCUUGGUGCAGGGUCCCCAGUGCUUCACCUCUUUUGGAUGGUCUUACCCCUUUUUAGACCAGGGGGGCAGGUAUCUCUUACAACCAGAGACCUGGUCCCGAUGUCUUCAGCCGGUCAACAUCGUGGAGUGGAACGUGACUCUGCUGUGUGUGUUGAUAGGCCUGGCUGUGCUGGAGUUCAUCAUCUGUCUCAUGCAGCUCGGAAGCGGUUUAGUCAACGCUGUCUGUCGGCCCUUUUGCUAUAAGCAGGAGUACAGUCUUAAUGCUUAGUUAGACACACACACACAUUUGUAUGUAUACCUGCAGAGACACAAGAGCGUGUGCACACAUAGGCAGUCACUCAAUCCACCUGUACAUGCACCUAUGGGACAUUUAUGGGCACAUGUGUACGCACAGCCUUUUUGCCUUGUGUGUGAGUGUGUGUGUAUGUGUGUGAGUACAACACAGUAUUACAACGACACAAAGUGCAACCACGAUAUUUUCAUGCUUUCAGUUUUCCUUUUCAAGUGGGAGAAAUCACUCUUCAGCCAUUGAUGAGGAUUGAUUAAAUUUCAAGGGCAACGGGUCAUCAGUCCAUAAUGAAAUUGUGUUUUUGUGUGUUUUGUGUGUGUGUCUUGAAUAGUGAAUAAGAACAGAUUAAUGAUGCUAUAUUAACUUGCAACUGGUAAAAAGACGCUAAACAGACCAUUAUGUACAUAAUAAUGUAGAUAAUAAGACAAAGAAGAGCAUCCAAUAAUAAUAUUAGGUAUAUAGGAUGUUAGAUUUAAUCAGUUGUGUGACACUUUUGUGUUGACUUUUUUGAAGAGGACAUGUUAUCCCCCCUUCUCCACCUUUUCAAACAGUCCCCCUGUGGUCUAAAUGAAACAUCUGUGCUGUGCUUUGGUCA